AUGGCAUUUGAAACACUAAAGGUAAGAGAAUUUCUAGAAUCAAGACCUUCUUCUUUAGAAAUUGAUGCAAUCUCAUUUGUAAUUGAAUUAACCAAAGAAUAUAAUAAAUCGGUUAGAACACAUAUUGUACAUUUAUCAGCAUCGGAUGCUCUGGACGCUAUCACCAAAGCCAAAUUAGUUGAUGGUUUGCCAAUAACAGUUGAGACAUGCUUUCAUUAUCUUUGUUUAUCCGCAGAAGAAAUCCCUGCUGGCAGAACUGAAUUUAAGUGUUGUCCACCUAUUAGAGACGAUAAAAAUCGAGACAAGCUUUGGAAAGCAUUGAUAGAUGGGGUAAUUGAUUGCAUCGUGUCAGAUCAUUCACCUUGUACUAGUAAUUUAAAGGAAGGAGGUUUUGGAAAAGCUUGGGGUGGUAUUUCAACAUUACAGUUUGGUUUACCAGUAUUAUGGACUGAAGCCAAAAGAAGAAACCUUUCCAGUUUUAAUAAUCUUGUAAAUUGGUUAUCAAGAAAUCCAGCAAAACUAGUUGGAUUAAAUGAUAGAAAAGGCGAAAUUAAGGUUGGGUAUGAUGCUGACAUUAUUAUCUGGAAUCCAGAAGAAUCCUUCAAAAUAACAGAGGAUUCGAUAGAAUUUAAAAAUAAAGUGACGCCAUAUUUAGGAAAAGAAUUUUAUGGGGUGGUUAAGAAAACAAUCCUAAGAGGAAAGAUUAUUUAUGAUGAUAAUAAUAUUAGCAGCAUUGUCAUUAUUAACAUAUAA